AUGAUAAUUUUCAAUGGUGAGAAAUAUUCAUGUGUUUCUUGCAUUCGUGGACAUCGUUCUUCAUCAUGCAAACACAGUGAACGAAUGCUUGUGAAAGUGCGGACAAGAGGCAGGCCCUCGCCGUUAGAUAUUCGCAAAGUGAUAUUGGUCGAUAGAGCUUCCCGAGUUGAAGAAGUAGAUGGCUCUGGUCAGGAUAACGGAGCGGGGGACGAGUCGCAGUUGUGCUGUGGGAUGAACAAGCAACCGGUACUCUUUUUAAGAGCUAUUGCAACGAAGAAAGCGCUCUUAAUCAACGGUGACUUGAAAAUCAUGGUAACCUCGGAGUCUGGUACCCCAGAUUAUGAAGUUGCUAGAAAGGUAUCAGAUGAUAAUAAAUUCGUUACUGAACAUGAAUUUUUGCUCAACCAUGUCAGUCCCCCGCCUUGUAAAAGUUGCAACAGCACUGUGAAGCGGGAGAAUGAAUCCCAUUCUUUGGAUGCAACAAAUACAACUGAGAAUUAUGCCAAACGUGUCAAGUUCGAAAGACAAGAUAUGACGAAUUUAUCUAACCAUGAACUUCUUUCUGCAGGUGACAAUGUUCAGUUGAACUCGGUAGGAAACUCAACAUUCCAAGAUUCUGUUGUAGAACUGUUUACACAAAACGGUGCCUAUUUAAGUACUACUUGUUCAUGCAAUGAGAACUGUCAAUGCAACAACUGUCUGAUACAUAGAGAGGAAGCUGAAUUAGAGAGGUAUUUGACCGAAUUAAACCAACCUAUGAUAAAUCUAGGGAGUGCCCAAAUUUUGACUGCCGAUAGCUCUCAGGUGGAGCCAUCCAAGGAUUUCUUCCAUGGCGAAACAGAUGACCAAAAUAUGAGUACACUGUGCCUUUGUGAACCUGAUUUCUGUACUUGCUUCAAUUGUGAAGCGCAUCCAGAUGAGGUAGUAACGCUAAGCGAACUAUUACUAUACGGGGUAUUGAAUUACAAAUGGAAGAAAAAGAUGGUCAUAAAAUACAGAAACAAGGUAAUACACUCUAAAUACUGGUGGCAUUAUCUCACUGUCGAAAUUCCAUCGAUGAAUGAGAAACAGCUUCGGUCUCUCGAUUUGAUGGAAUGGUUUGAUAAUCUAAUAAGUAGCCAUUCCGCUGAAUUACCUGAAGCAAACGAUUUGGUUCACUUUACAGAUAGCCGGGGGAAUGCUCACCAUGGGAACCAAAAUGACAAUACUAAAAACCAUAUAAACAUUAACAAGUCAAUUCAGGACGAUAUGAAGAGACUGAUGCCAAAUUUCGGUAAUAAUAACGUCACACUUAAAAAGGAUACACACAGUCCGAAGGGAGAUAAUAGAACCUUACUUACCGGCACAACUACUGCUGAUACCCACAUGAAUAUACACGAUCCACUUAAAUUUAAUAAUCUGAUCCUGUAA